AUGCCCCGCGAAUCGGUGCAGCUAGCGGCCCAGCUGGCAAGUUACAAACGUAUCAUCCUAUGUGCAGACGGGACCUGGCUUGCGUCCGACCUGGGAGACGCGUCCGUGCCGUCCAACGUUGCGAGAAUUGCUCGCACCAUCGCGACGAGUGGCCCAGACCUCCAUGGAAACAUCGUUCAGCAAAUUGUCUCAUAUCAUUCUGGACUGGGAGCGGGGGAGCUCCCUUUCCAAAAGGCUAUUUUUGGCGGCAUCGGCUGGGGUUUAGACAAUGAAGUUUGUCAGAUCUACGAGUUCAUAUCCAACAACUACGUUAAAGGCGUGCUCUCAUCUCAACACAUGUCGCACUUCGCCGAAAUGUGGAAGGCUUACCGGGAAAAUACAGGCGGACAGCCCUUCCGGAAGACAGCAUGGUAUCAGCAGAAUCACGGCAAACUGCGCUUAGAGGAUGAUGUCCGCAUCAAGGUAGUGGGUGUUUGGGAUACUGUUGGCGCUCUAGAUGCGCCAGCCAAGGAUCUACAGCAAUGUUGGUUUCCCGGCGUACACCAAAAUAUUGGGGGUGGGGCGCCGGAUUGUGAAAUUGAGGAUAUCACAUUUGCAUGGAUGGUGGACAAUCUUUCCGGAAUGUUGGCCUUUGAAGGUGUGAUAAUCGAGGAAAUAAUCCAGAAACACCUUGCUACGCGUGCCGAACGUAACUCACUAGCCCAACAAAAAGAUAAUUGGGGCUGUGGGUACAUCAGAUCCAAUUUUGCUGGCCUGCUGGGUGCGUUCUUCCGUGGGCUAGGGAAACAGGACCGCACGCCGGGAAACUAUCCGCAGGUUCCAGGGGAUGACAAGAGCGCUCGCACCACUGAAGAGUCCUUCCAUCCGAUUGCCCGGAUCCGGAAGACCAAACUGGCUGGAGGUUAUUCACCAGCUGCGCUGGGUGGAUAUGUGAUCGAGGGGCCCGGUAAUGGUAGUGGUGGCCAAACCGGCUGGCAAUGGGUCAAAAAGGACGUUUCCCUGGCAGUGCCAGAGUACGUUUUGCUCCCGGAUAAGAAGAUGACUGUGACACAUAAUUUGGAUUUUGUGUCCCGGCCCAGCCUAUCCAGAACUCUAUGUCCAAAGAGCCGUUUGGCGGACCUCGAUCGACAUAACGGUAUAGCCAUACCUGCUAGUGAGACGACUGCCAUUCAAUGA